AUGCCCACUAACGGUACAAACUGUCCACUGAAGCUGCAGUUUGGUCUGAUCAACCACGAGAGUCGCUACCUCACCGCAGAGGCCUUUGGCUUCAAGGUGAAUGCGUCGGCCCCGAGUCUGAAGAGGAAGCAGGUGUGGACAUUAGAGCAGGACUCCCAGGACCCCCAGGUGGUUUACCUCCGCAGCCAUCUGGGCCGCUACCUGGCUUCCGACAAGGAUGGCAAGGUCACCUGUGAGGCCGAGGGCCGGAACACAGACUGCCGCUUCCUAAUCGCUGCCCAGUCAGACGGCCGCUGGGCACUUCAGUCUGAACCCUACCUGAGGUUAUUCGGAGGUUCCCGGGACUACCUGUCCUGCUUCGCCCAAGUUAUCACAGAGGCAGAGUUAUGGGCGGUGCACCUGGCGCUCCACCCGCAGGCCAACCUGCUCAGUGUCGCCCGCAAGCGCUAUGCCCACCUGUCACCCGAUGACGGCGAGAUCGCCGUGGACCGGAACAUUCCAUGGGGCGUGGCGGCGCUCCUGACGCUCGUCUACCUGGAGGGGAAGUACCGGCUCAAGACCUGUGACAGCCGUUACCUUGUCAACGACGGGAAGCUGUCAGCGGAGAGCGGGCGGGGCACGGGGUACACGCUGGAGCUGAAGUGUGGGAAGCUGGCGUUUAAGGACUGUGAGGGGAAGUACCUGAGUCCCAUGGGCCCCACGGGGACACUGAGGUCUGGCAGGUGCAGCAAGCCGGGGAAGGACGAGCUGUUUGACCUGGAGGAGAGCCACCCUCAGGUGGUGCUGAUGGCAGCCAAUGGGAAAUACGUGUCUAUACGGCAACGUGUGAGUAUCUCGGCAAACCAGGAGGACGAGACGGACCUGGAGACGUUCCAGAUGGAGAUUGACAAGGAGAGCAGGAAGUGUCUGUUUCGGACCAACGAGGGGAAAUACUGGGCCCUGGUGGCCCACGGAGGCAUCCAGACUACGACCACAGAGAGGUCUGCCAACACCAUGUUUGCAGUGGAGUGGAUGGGCCGCAGGGUGGCACUAAGAGCCAGUAACGGGAAAUACAUCUGCACCAAGAAGAACGGCCAGCUAGCAGCCAUCAGCGACUCCAUAGGUGAGGAUGAGAAGUUGAUUCUGAAGCUGAUAAACCGUCCCAUGCUGAUCCUGCGAGGGUUGAAUGGCUUCAUCUGCCACCAUAAGAACUCCAACACGCUGGAUGCCAACAGAUCAGUCUAUGACAUCUUCACACUGCAUUUCAGUGAUGGGGCGUACCACAUCAAAGGUGAGGGAGGGAGGUUCUGGUAUGUGAACAGCAGUGGUCUGGUAUGUUCAGACGGAGAGACACCAGAUGACUUCUCAUUUGAGUUCCUGGAGCAUGGACGCAUCGCCAUCCGAGGCAAGAACGGCAGAUACCUGCGAGGCCAGGGGGGCAUGCUGAAGGGUGACGGGGUUACCCCCGACAGCUCUGCUCUCUGGGAGUACUGACCAAUAUGGGUGCCACUCUCCUACCCUGCCGGAGGUUACCCCUAACCACAGAUCUAGGAUCAGAUU